AUGGCACGGGCGAACUCCGUGGAGCUGCUGUCGUUGAAGGUGUAUCGUAAAAUGUGUAACAGACUGGAGAUACCUCAACUGCGCACUGUGUGGAGUCAGCUCGGAAACGUGCAGCUCACGUUCAAAGAUCUCUUUCUGUCUUCAAGAGGGGUCAAGGCCACGUGUUGUGCUCUUAUGUAUGAACCAAACACAGAAAAUCUUGAUUUGUCAGGAAACCAUAUUGGAAAGAAAGAAUGCGACUACGUGGUCAGCAUACUGGAACAGACAACCUCUAUAUGCGUUUUGGAUCUCUCCAACAAUGAACUUAGCGGUAUCAGCAUACAGAAACUGGCCAGCUGUUUGGUAAAGAAUGCAACAAUUGUAUCAUUAACACUCUCAGGGAACAAACUAACCGACGGAGACGCCGAGGCUGUCGCCUUGAUAAUAGCACAGAACCGCAGUAUAACCCGGCUGUAUGCCAGUCAUAACGAAUUCCGCGAGGAAGGCGGAAAGGUCAUAGGCAGUGCAAUAGGUAUGUAUAAUCAUGGACACAACUCUAUGGCAAGGUCAGAGGUUGUGUCCACAACAGGCGUGUUUGAACAGUUCUCUAAUGGAAGCACUCCAUACAAAUUACCCAUACCUAUACUAAACAGUUACUAA